GUGGAGGCUUUCACAGGCAGUAAGGAAAUAUCGCAGACUGUCCCAACUCAGGAAGGCACGGUGCCUGCGGUCUGGUCUGCGGUCCCUGGGGGGUGCCCGCUUGCUGAGCCAGACCCCAGACAUCUCGUUUGAAAGAAGAAGCGAAAACAAGACCCACCUCUAGGUUCCCGAAAGGGUUAUUCUGGCUGAGACUGCCUAUAAAAAUGCUAUUGGCUGUUACCUGGCCCGGCCAAAGUACAGCCAGAAUGUCUUUUCUCGCCAUCCAGUGCAUUUGUUAUUUUGGCUGAAGGGAAAUAAGCAGAACUCUGUACGUCCAGACCCAAGAUGGAGCCCCAGGAGCCGGUCAAGAGGGAAGGGAGGCUGACAAUGGUGCUUGCUUUGGCGACGCUGAUAGCUGCCUUCGGCUCCUCCUUCCAGUAUGGGUACAACGUGGCCGCUAUUAACUCGCCUUCUGGGUUCAUGAAAGACUUUUACAAUGAGACCUACUAUGACAGAAUCGGGGAAUACAUGAGCGAAUUUUCCCUGACCUUGCUGUGGUCUGUGUCUGUGUCCAUGUUCCCCUUCGGAGGCUUCAUCGGCUCCCUCAUGGUCGGCCCCUUGGUGAAUCACUUAGGCAGAAAAGGAACCUUGCUCUUCAACAACAUCUUCUCCAUCGUGCCUGCCAUCUUGAUGGGAUGCAGCAAAGUCGCCCAGUCCUUUGAGAUGAUCAUCGUGUCCAGACUUUUGGUGGGAAUAUGUGCAGGUCUCUCCUCCAAUGUCGUCCCCAUGUACCUGGGGGAGCUGGCCCCGAAGAACCUGAGGGGGGCCCUGGGGGUGGUGCCCCAGCUCUUCAUCACCGUUGGCAUUCUCGUGGCCCAGAUCUUUGGUCUUCGGACUCUCCUUGCCAACAAAGAAGGCUGGCCCAUCCUCCUCGGGCUGACGGGGAUCCCCGCAGCGCUGCAGCUUCUUUUCCUGCCCUUCUUCCCGGAGAGUCCCAGGUACCUGCUGAUUCAGAAGAAAGAUGAAGAAGCUGCCAAAAACGCGCUGAGGAGGCUGCGCGGCUGGGACGAAGUGGACGCCGAGAUCGAGGAGAUCCGGGAGGAGGACCAGGCCGAGAAGGCGGCGGGCUUCAUCUCGGUGCUGAAGCUGUUCCGCAUGAGGUCCCUGCGGUGGCAGGUCAUCUCCACCAUCAUCCUCAUGGGCGGCCAGCAGCUGUCGGGAGUGAACGCGAUCUACUACUACGCAGACCAGAUCUACCUGAGCGCUGGGGUGAGAGACCAGGACGUGCAGUUUGUGACGGCGGGCACGGGCGCUGUCAACGUGCUGAUGACCGGCAUCGCCAUUUUCGUGGUGGAGCUACUGGGGAGAAGGUUCCUGCUCCUCCUGGGCUUCUCCACCUGCUUUACCGCCUGCUGCGUGUUGACAGCCGCCCUGGCUCUGCAGGAAACAAUAUCCUGGAUGCCCUACCUCAGCAUCGUCUGCGUCAUCUCCUACGUCAUAGGCCAUGCCCUUGGGCCCAGUCCCAUCCCAGCACUGUUCAUCACUGAGAUCUUCCUGCAGUCCUCCCGGCCAGCCGCCUACAUGGUGGGGGGCAGUGUCCACUGGCUCUCCAACUUCACCGUGGGCUUGAUCUUCCCAUUCAUUCAAGUGGGCCUCGGCGCUUACUGCUUCAUCAUUUUUGCCGUGAUAUGUCUUCUCACCACCAUCUACAUCUUCCUGGUUGUUCCCGAGACCAAGUCCAAGACCUUCAUAGAAAUCAAUCAGAUCUUCACCAAGAUGAAUAAAGUGUCAGAGGUGCACCCAGAAAAGGAGCUGAAGGACUUUCCGCCCUCUGCUGUGGGGCUGUAACUCGAGAAGAAGUGCCUGUGCAUUGGAUCUGCCUGGCGCUUCCAUCCUGGGCUAUGAAUCCAGAACUAGGACAAGUCCAGUGUGGAAGGCAGGCCCUGCUGGACUGUCUGAAGGGCUUCCAUGCAGUUCUCAAAGCCUUUCAGACUCACCCAUCACCGACCCUCAGGCAUGGGGGGCAGCUGUCCCUCAGCCAUGGUGGGUCAGCCGUUGUGUGGCUCCUGGUAACACCAGCUUUUAUAACGAAAAUUGUUACCGUGAUGGCAAGAUGGAAGGAAUCGAACGUGGCUGAAGAAAUGAACUCUGCUCUGAUCCCACAGUCUUCCAGGGCCACGGAAACCUGGUCAGUGUGGAAUCCAUCCUCUUGUCAGAUCCAUCUCCAGAAACACCAGUCCUGGAAAGUGUGAUUCACCUGUAGCCAUGUUUAGGAAGCUGGGAAGCAGGUCCCUAUGGAGAUUUUAACCAAGUCAAGAUUAUUGAUCCCAAAUUUUAUUAUUAGGGGACUGUAGAAUUGCCUCUUUAUACUCAAUAAAACAGAUAUAAUCACUUAUCA